GAGGAGCUCUCAGCAUCUUGACCUCGCUCGUCCCCGGGUCUGCGGCUGAGUGAGUGGGCAGAGCCACCGGCGGGGAGCGGGGGAGCAGGCGGCAGGCAGCAGUGGUUCCCUCACCCCUCAGGGUCAGGAGCAGUCCAGAAGGAAGCGCUUCACUGCCCAGGAGGCCCAGACAUUCCCACGGUGGCCUGCGUAGUGGGUGGGGAGCCUGUGCCCGGCUCUCCAGGAACACAGUCACGGGGCCAGCACAGAGAUGGAUAACUCCACGGCGGCCCCGGAAGACGAGUACGACGUGCUCAUAGAUGGUGACCUGCAGAGCAGCGAGACCCCGCCGUGCGACAUGGACGCCACCAAGGUGCUCUCGCCCCACCUGCUUCAGCCACUGCUCUUCACUGUGUUCACACUGGGCCUGCUGGACAACAUCUUGCUGGUGCUGAUCCUAGUAAAACAAAAAGGACUUAAACACACAGAGAACUUGUAUCUCCUGAACUUGGCAAUUGCCAAUGUGUGCUUGUUGCUCAGCCUUCCCUUCUGGGCUCUGGGUGCCUGGUCCGAGGACCACGCCAGGUGCCAGACGUUCGCCGGACUCUACUGGACAGGCAUCCAUGGCGAGGCGUGCUUCAGUUCCCUCCUGAUGGUGCACAGCUGCUCCCUGGCGCUCUCUCAGAGGCAAGGAGGGCCCUCGGCUGCCAGGAAGGCACGCUGUGGCGUGGUGACCACCAUGCUGGCAUGGAUCGUGGUGGUCGCCAUGACUUUGCCGGAAUCCAUCUUCUACAAACCUCCUGUGGAAGGUCAGAAGCUCAGCUGCUCCUUCCGCAGGCCCCACUUCCUGGCGGUGGAGGAGACACUAUGGAAGCGUUUUCUGACUUUAAAGAUGAACAUCCUGGUGUUUUUCCUCCCCCUGUGUGUGUUUGUCUUUUGCUGCUCCGUGCGGAUAAGAAAACUGCUGAGGAGUGGGGCUGGGGGCGACAGUUGUUGCAGGCUGGUUUUGGCCAUCAUGCUUGCCUUUCUUCUGAUGUGGGCGCCCUUCCAUGUCGCACUUUUCCUGUCCACGUUCCAAGAAUGCUUCCCGCUGCAGGACUGCCGGAGCAGCUACCACCUGCAUGCGAGUGUUCAGAUCACCAAAGUCAUCGCCACCAGCCACAGUUGCAUGACUCCUCUCCUCUGUGUGACUCUCCACAAGCCAAUCCGGAAAUACCUCAGCCACCUGUUCCAUCCAAGCCGGUGCACUCCACACCGAGCUGGUGAGGACGCUGGGCAGGCCUCGCGAAGAAGUCUUACCACUCACUUGUAAGCUAGCUUCCAAAUAAACACUGCUCCUUGUCUCUGC